AUGGACGCCUCAAUACCUGUCUUUGAAAAACCUCAUCCGCGUUUAAGUGUUUUAGAUUGGACUAGGAAUAUACAGAGAUUACAAGAGGAAGCGAGAGUCCGUCGGUUCGAGUCGUACGAAUUAAGGCAGAAAGCGAAUCAACUGAGAAACGAAACGUCGAUUACAACUCGAUGGGAUAAUUAUGUCAAUAACGAACUAUUGAGGGAUAGGAUAUUUGAAGUACAAUCGUGGCGUGAAAAGCAGAGAUUCACGAGGGAGAGCGUAAGGGAUGAGAUCAGAGCUCUGAAGGAAGAAAAGAACGCCACAGAGUUACACUUGGAGUCGCUGCAAGUGCCGCUAAUGGUGUCCUCGCAGUGUCUCUCGAACAGGGACCAGAGACUACCCCCAGAACUCACUAGGGACCAGCUGGGCGAGGAACUUAACAAAGAACUGCAUACUAUAGAACAUCACAAACGAACUCUGACAGACGUAUGCCAUAUGGGAUGGGAGAAAAUCAAGGAGCUCACCAACGUAUUCUGUCGGCUGGAACGCGAAAUACAGAAUAAAGAUGAUGCACUGGACCUGGAGUAUCACGUGAAAGGUCUGGACAGGGAAUGUUCAGAUAUUUCUUAUAAGCUGGACCCCACCAGAAUACCACCAGACUCCAUGUCGGAGAGAAGCUACGUGGAAUGCAUAGAGAACACCAUAAGAAUAGCUGAGCAGCUGAUGGCGGAGUCAAAGGCAUUGCGGGAGACCAUGUUCAAAGCGAGAGAACAGGCUAGAAAUCAAAUGUACGCGCAGUGCCAAUUUGUGGAGAUGAUAAUGCGUCGCAGAGUGUAUGAUAUACAAAGAGCCAAGAACGAGAUGGAGUGGCAGAAGUUUAAGCUGGAGAGCAACCUGCAGAAGAUGGACAGAGAGAUCGAGGCAUUGCGGGCUGCCGUCGCCGAUAAGAUAAACCCAACCAAGCUGGUGGAGACCAGACUGGAGACGAGGACCAGGAGACCGGUGCUUGAAAGAGUACAGGACCAACCAAUGCGCGGUUUAAUAGAAGAAUUUGAGAGGGUCCACACAAGCACCAAUUUACUCGAGAAGAAAUUAGAAGACGCACUUAAAACCUACCACGGCAUGUACAAUCAUCACCAACGAGUCAUCAAGGACCUGCAGUACAAGAACCAGGCUCUGGAGACCGACCGGCGGCUGAUUGAGAUACGCAAGCCUAUACAUGGGACUGAUGAAACAGAGUUCCAGAGGAACGUCGGCUACUGCAAGAUGGCAGAUGAGUUGGUACCAGAUUGGUGAGAAAGAGAAGAUUACAAAUCAUUACAUAGUAUAAAAUAAUCGCUCUCUCUGUCUGUCCCUAUUUAUGCUUAACUCUUUAAACUACGCAACGGUUUUUUAAAUAGAGUGAUUCAAGAGGAAGGUUUAUAUAUAUAAUACAAUUGUACAUCCAGGCGUGCCGAGACGAAUAGCUAGUAUUGAAUAUGUAGAUAAUCCCAUAUAAAAAAAACAUUUCCAUCAUUUCAGUAUCAUAAUCGGCCCAUUCGGGGGAAGGGUAUUAUUAGUAAUGGGAACUGGUACCUCCCAU